UCGCGAUCAGCCCCUGAUUCCAACGUAUCUCUGUUUGCACUGAACUGUUGUUGGCCAUCUGCACCUUUCUCGACACCCUAUCACGCUAGUCUACAGUGCGUUGCAAGAUCCAUCGUGCGCCAACUGUGUAGAGAUUAUUCCACAACUGGAAUCAUUUUUCCUUUGACUUUGAAAUGUCGUAGGCCUUGAGAAGUAGUAUUCGACACGACUGUACAUAUGUAUACCACAUAAGACAAAUGAAGCAUGCGAUGUACGAUUGCGAAAAUGAGGCGGCUUUCACUCAGGCCGUUCAGUGGUCCCCUUAAAUAUGCCUGAUCUUCGACUGAUCGACACGGGUCGAUCUAGACAGCGCUAGACUAGCUACAGUGUGAAACUCCAGGAUUCCAUGGACACUGACGCGGCAAUAGGAAAACUAGCCGGUCGAGGCGUUUGCUAGCCAAAUUCUCUCCCGUCCACGGGAGUGAUUGCAACUUUGCUAUUGUAGUAUAAAGCGAAAGCUUCUUGUCCCACACAGCUGGUUUGCACGGUUUGGUCAGGGGGCCACAUUAUCCGUCACCAAUUCUGGGUGCGACUGCCAGAGCCAUGAAGCCAUUGACAUCUAUUAUAGUACAGAUAGCGUUACUUGUUCUAGCUCUUAUUGUCACUCUUUUGAGAUGUUGGAUUCGCCUUUGGAAUGAGCGCCGUGCUCUGACAAUACCUGAUUACUUGUUAUGGGGCGGCUGGAUCUGUACUAUGGGAUGGGUGAUUUGCUCUGCCAUUGCUCUACACAUACAGAUCGAUAAUCCCCUGAUUGGAGACGACUUGCUGAGCGAUUCUAUUGCAUACUUGAAGACUGUUUUCAUAUCGUGCUACUUUUUUGAUUUCGCACUCUACUUCCCCAAGGCCUCCCUUAUCUCAUUCUAUUGGUGGUUGAUUCCUCAUGGCUUCAGGCGGCUUAGGAUAGCCGUUUACGUUGGCACCGCAUUCGUGGCCUGUGCCUUUGUGGCGACCAUUUUGACGGAUACCUUGAUCGCACCUGAUAUCUCCGAUAAUUGGUCUAUUGAGAACCAAUUGAAUUCUACUUGGAACUCAUGGAAUGUUCUGAUCAUUGACUGGGUAUUGAACUUCUCCACCGAUCUUCUACUUUUCUGCCUCCCGUUUUUCAUCAUCAAUUGCCUCAAGCUCCGCCGGCGUCAGAAAUAUGGUCUAGUAGGCGUUUUCUCUCUCGGCAUUAUCACCAUGGCGAUAAGUCUCGCGCGAUUCAUCGUGUAUGCCGCCACGAACUAUUACGUCGAUGAUGCAUCCGGCAAUGCUUGGUGUACAGCCGAACUGUGCACAGCAGUCAUCGUCGUCUCGCUUCCGACCCUCAAAUCCCUUAUCCUCCGAUCGUCGGAUCCGAAAAGCUCAGCAGAUCGCAGUACAGAGGGAUAUCUACGAACUGAUGGCAGCAGAACAGCGGGAAACAAAAUUGGAGUGAAGUCAGGGCUUGACAAAGGUCAUAAAUUAGACGACGAAUUAGAGCUGAUGUACAUGGCCAAGACGCCGUCAGGUCGCCCUUCGACCGCAACAACAAAAGGAUCCAUGUUGUAA